AUGUCGGGCCCCUCCUUCGCUCCAUACGUUCUGCGUCGACCAUGGCUCAAGCGGUGGAUGAUGCCGCUGGCGAAUUGGUACGCUGAUGCAGCUGGCUACAGAAGACUGGGGCUGCGCGCCGACGACCUCAUUCCCGAAGAGAACGAUACAGUGCAGCUUGCGCUCAAGCGACUGCCGCCCAAGGAGGCAUAUGAUCGCAUCUUUCGUCUGAGGAGAGCUUUUCAGUGUUCCAUUUCACAUCAAUUAUUACCGCGGGAGGAGCAGACGAAGCCAGAGGAUGACUACGAAUACCUAACACCCAUCAUCAAGGAAAUCGAAGCAGCAGCGAAGGAGAGAGCGGAUCUGGAGUCCAUGAAGGUACAGCGGAAGUAG